AUGGACGUGAUUUGGCGCCAAUCUGAUCCCAGGUCUGUGCGUUUGGCGCGCUUCCAGCCUGUGACCACGUGUCUGUGCUCUCCGGCCUGCCAGCGGACCAUGUGGAGCAGCAAGAUGGCGGCGCGGUGGAGGGGGGACGACGGGGAUUUAAAUGCCGGCAACAGCGACUUUCUGUCCAGCAACACUCCCAACGAGAUGGUCCUGAGUAGUGUGGGAAGCAUGGAGAUGGACACCCAGUCCUGCAUGGAUAACUCAAUCCUGGCCAUUUUUGAAGACUCCACUGUCUCAUCAGAGUAUAAGAGUGGAGCGGAGGAAGAGAGUGAGACUCUGCUGUCGGCCCUGACCGAGAUGCUGGACAGUGUGGAGGACGACGACGCCACUCUGUCUCCCUUUGACACCCUGCCAGACACCCAGCUCCUCAUCCACCACGAGCGCAGGGACCCCUCAGUGGAACAAUCACUCGCUGACAGACUUAGACCAAGAUCCAAAUCACCAAAUGUAAUAUUCACAAUGAAGAUUGAUGGAGAAAAGGAAGAUAGAAACAGUCGUCCGCAGCUGUUCAAACCACAAAUUCAAACAUCGUUUCACUCCACAAAUAAGAAAGCGGAGGAUGAAGUCGAGGUUUUCACCUCAACUUCUCUCGUCAACCUGGUGAAGCUCAUGCACCCGUACUGCCUGAAGCUGCAGGUGGAAGAGGAGGGGGAUAAACUGAGGAAGAAUCACACAGUAUUCGCUCAGGAAGAGGUGUGGAAGUAUGAGAGACCCAGCGAAGAGAGCGAUGAAGAGAUAAAUGUUGUGUCUGAUGACGAGGUGACUCUGAAAGACACAGAGGAGGAUGAAGAGGGAGCUGAAGAGAGAGCCCGUAACGUCCUCUUAAAGAGUGUGCUGCUGAACGGAAACUCAUCCACCACGCCAUCACCCAGAGAGAAGAAAAGGGUGAGCUUUGGCUCCGUUCGAGUGGCUUCAUUUGAAUCAACAGAAAAGGGAUUGAACGAGAGAAAUUUAACAACAAGUGAAACCGCAUCAGCUCCUCUGAUCAGCCCCAAAGCACUCGAGAAACCAUCUGACUCAGCACUUGAACCCCAAACAUUGUCCUCAGAAAUGAGCAGCAACAAGGUGUCAGUUCAUAAAGGUGAGACGAAGGCCAAAUCACUCAGCCUCCAACAGUACAGACAGCUGCGCCAGACGAGACAGCCUCUGGUGGAGAAACAGGGGAACUACACCACCAUGUGGCCGUGUGUUUCUGAGACCCCCAAGGAGCUGACCCCCAUCCUCUGUUUACAGGGACAGGGACAAAACAGCUGUGGACUAAAGGCAGCACAACUUUAUCCCGAUGGUAGAAUAAAUGGUGCUGAUCCGCUCCAUUUAUCUCAAGCUCCAGGUCACCAGACCCUUGGCGUCUCUGCUCCGCCCACGCCUCACUCCUCAGAGCCCAAACCCUCCACUCAUCUACGACGCAGCGGACUCAAGCGCUCAAGGACUGAAACCAAAAUCCUCUCACCUGCCAGUCUGCAGCCAGACGUCACAGCUAACACGAAUGUUAAUGUGCCUGAAAGCAAAAAAAGUCCAGUAAAGAAACCAACACUGCUCAGUAGUGAUCCCCCAAAUCCCGUCCUCCUCCCCCUACCAGUUAGCCGAACAACAUCACCAACCUCUGACCCCUCCUCACCAGAGUCCAAAGUGGAGAUCCUCAACAGAGACUCUGACCGUUACAGCACCAGACACUUUACAGAAAUCCACAAUAAAUCCUCAGGCACAUCUCUGAAUAGACGGCCCUCCUCCUCAGGGCCAAAACCGGAGGUGUUUUUAAUAAACCAGGGCUGCACCAUCCUGUUACAGGAAAUUAAAAACAGGCUAACUGAGAUAGCUUCAGGUGUCUCCUCCGGACCUCAAGCACUGUGCCGAACCACAACACAAAUCAAAUCUGCCUCAGAGAGCAAGAAACUGCAGCCUCAAAGAUGCAUUUUGAUCCAGACUAAAGAAGAAGCCAAGCUGGAACCAAAGACUCCUCUGACACCAGGUCCGCAAUGUUUCCCUUCUGAGGAACCAACGCCUACUCUACAGUUGUGCUGUGGGGUGCAGACUGACACAGCUGACUCAGGGAUUGAAGCACCCGAUCUAACCAGCCUGCUGGAACAAUUUGAGGAAACACAGGCUAAAGAGGAGAGGGUGUGUGAGAAGGAACCGGAGCCCAAACUUGCUCCCUCACAGUUAAACCUACAAACACAUGGACACUUGGACUUUGACAGAACUACGCUUGUAGUGACACAGAGAUCCUCUGUGGAAACACUUGAACCUUUAAGCACUUCAGAAUCACCUGGGAAUCCAGAAACACUCAGGAGUGGACCACCUCUUCACAUGUCGGAGGGUGCAGACAUCCCAGAGGCCCUUGGCACUGAAAUCAUCCUCAGGACUCAACUAGAUCUGCCAGCGAGACGCAGAAAUCCUCCAUCCAAGACCAUCCAGAUAAUCGACCCCCGUCCUCUUCCAUCCAGGAAAAUGCACACCAGCCUCCCUGCUGCUCACGUCUCUCCUCACAUUUUGUCAUCCGUGGCCUCUGAUCACGAUUACUGCGGCUCCGUGGACCGCUCACUGACAAGUGUUACUCAGCGCAACAGAGCCUCUAAACCCAAGGACGUGUCUCAAACCUCUGAUGAAUCGCAGGUGACAACACAUCCCUCAAGUGCUGCUGCUGAAUGCAAGAAACAGACCUCCACCGGUGAGGUCAGCACCACCAUCAGAGCUGUAGGAAACAGCGAUGCAAAUACAGCGAUGCAGCUUCUCUCUGAGCAACCCAGGACCAGAUCAGAGACAAGCCCGUCCACAGACGUCGUUCCUUCAGACAGUGCUGCCACAAAAACAAACUGUGUUUUUGCAGCUGAAGACGAGACAGCGUCAUGCACCCUCCCCACUCCUCCACCCAGCCCUCCCGCCAGAGGACGGGAGAAAAGGAGGUAUGGGAGAAGAUCUCCUUGUUCAGAUUCUAGCUCCAGCUCUCCUUCCUCGUCGUCCUCCUCGAGCUCUGCAUCUCCCUCUCCAAAAAGACAAAAGCGCCGUCACAAGCGUUCAGAGAGCAGUUCAUGCUCGUCGUCAUCCCCCUCUAGCUCGAUUUCCCGCUCCCCACGUCGGCGCUACAGAUGGUCUUACUCGAGAUCGAGGUUGAGCAGGUCAAGAUCCAGAUCUUGGUCCCAGUCAAGGUCCUCAUCCAGAUCUCGAUCACCAUCCCUGCGGGUUUGCCGUGGACGGUGGACAGAUGUUUACAGCAGCAGAGAGUCAAGGAAGCUCAGGAGAGAGCAUGAGAUCAGGAUUCAGAAACUCAAAGCCAUAGACGAGCGCAGGGUGGUGUAUGUCGGCCGCAUCCGCAGGACCAUGACACACGACGAGCUGAGGGAGCGCUUCUCUCAGUUCGGAGACGUAGAAUGUGUGUCGCUUCACUUUAGAGAUAGAGGCGACCACUACGGCUUUGUCACAUUCUACAACAUGGAUGAUGCUUUUGCGGCCAUCGAUAACGGCGGCAAACUACGGAAGCCUGAUGAGCUGCCGUUUGACAUCUGCUUCGGUGGAAGACGACAGUUCUGUAAUUCAUACUACGCCGACCUAGACGCAAACAGAGAUGCAGAGCCGGCUCCUGCAAAGACCAGAGCUGAGGACCUCGACUUUGAUUCGUUGCUCAAACAGGCCCAGAGAGGAUUAAAGAGUUAGCAGAGCUGUUUGGAGGAAAAGAACAACAAGAUGGAUGCAAAGAUGAAAACGGGUUUUCUUCAUGAACCUCAGAGCUUCAUGCUCGUACUUAUGUAGCAAACUUAUGUAUGUUAGUCGUUUUUUCUAUGUUUUGACUCUUAAUACGCAUGCAGUUUCUGAUGUGUACAUUUAUGUAUUAAUAUGUAGCACUGUUUAUUGGAUAACAUGUUAUCAGUGGAACCCACUAAAGAUUUUUGUUUCAUUCCAAAACAUUUAUAAAGUUUUGAACAUUUGUAUAUGUAAAAAAAUAAAUGCUCUUAAUUGUGUUUCCUGAUUAACUGGUUUGUUUUAAAUCCAAAGAACAUUUCCAGUGAGCCAGCAUUCACAGAACCAUUGGAGUGAUUUCACUUAAAUGUUAAUAGUUAUAUUCGUUUGUCAUGGUUCAGGCUCUUGUGUUGGUUCCUCAGGUUUUUCUGACUUCAAAUCUCACAACACCCAGUUAAUUUGUUCUGCAGGACUCUUCUCUCAACUUCACUCCCAUAAACCUUCUAAAAUUGUAAAUUGUCUUUCUCU